AUGGCUACCGAUGGCCACGACUCUCGACGCAAGCAUCACCGAUCAUCCUCUCCGGACGACCACGACAAAUCCUCUAAGCGUCACAAGCACCGCCACCAUCAUAGCCACCGCCAUCGCCAUGGAAGCAAAAAACGCGACGAGGAAAUUCAUUACGAUGGCGAAAUUGUUGCUGCGGUUCCUUCUCCAAGUCCCGUUUCUGAUCCUGUUCCGCAUAAUCAUCUCGCCGACGAUGACGUCGAGGAGGGAGAGAUUCUUGAUGACGAGCCUUUGGGCGGUGAGGUUGGAAUUGGAAAGAAGCAGAUCGAAUCUGAUGUUGAAUCUGGGGAAAUUGAGGUGAAAGGAGGUCGAGAUCUUCGGUCUGAGAAGAAAAAUCCGGGACUUAUUGCUAAAAGUUCAAUAACUGAAAGUGAGGACUUCCACAAUGAUAGAUUUAUUAGGCCUACUUCUCGAAGUCCUGUAGAUGAUGAUUCUCCCAACCACUCGAGAGAUGAAACUCAAGCUGGGAGGGAUGUUCAAGCUGGUACUGAUGCUUUGGGCAAUGGGUAUUUGGAUGCACUGGAGGCUAUUAGAAAGGAAGAAAAUUCCCACAAGAAUGUCAUUGAAAGUGGAGAAGAAAGACAUAGAGUGCCAGGUAAUUCUCCUUUGCACGAUGGAUACAGAAGUCGAUCAAGAUCAAUUGGCCAUACAAGAGACAGGUCUCGUUCUCGCAGUGCUGUAGAAGAGUAUGUCCAUCCCAGUAGCAGGCACUCUAUGGAACAGGGUUCCCUUUAUUAUACUAGUAGACAUAAGACUGAAUAUGAUCUUGAUGAGGAAAGAGUGAGUGCAUACAGAAGGGAGCAUCGUCACAGCAGUAAGGAUUUGGUGGAGGAUGAUAAACCGGAACACAGUACCAGGUAUCAUAGUCGAGAUGCCCGGGAUAGGGCUACCUACAGGAGUAGGGACAGAGAUGUGGAUCUAGACUUGCACAGAGAAAAGAAGCGAGAGGAAACAAGCAGGAAUAAGGAGGUUGAUUGGGUGCGUAGAAGGGAGAAAGAACGUGGUAGGAGCCAUGACAGACAUAGAAGAGACAUUGAAAAAGAUAGGAGCAGGGAAAGGGAUGAGGGUAGGGAUAGGAGAAGAGAAAAUGAAAGGCAUAGGAGCAGAGACACAGUUUAUGAGAGGGAUAGGAGAAGGGAAAUGGAAAGAGAUAUGAACAAGGACAGAACAAUAGCUGGUGAGAGAGAUAGAGACUGGAAAAGUGAAUGGGAUUAUAGGAACCGGGAAAGGGAUAACAUUAAGGAGAGGGAGAGACGAGAUGAUAGAUAUCGACACAAUGACAAAGAUGUUCCUAAUGGUAAGGAUAAGCAUACGCGUUGUGACGAUGACAAUGGAGAUAGAUAUAAGAGACAUUCAAGACAUGAAGAAAAUGGACACCACACAGAUAGAAAAAGGAACUAUACCAUGGAAGAGGAUGGAAGGAAACCAAAAGGUGAGAUUGAACAAGAUGAUGUAGACGAGGAUACAUUGCAACUACCUGAGCAAGAAGAGGAAGAUCUGAACAGAAUAAAAGAGGAGAGUAGAAGAAGAAGAGACGCAAUAAUGGAAAAAUACAAAAAGCAGAAUCAGAAAAUAGAACAAGCAGCUGGAAAUGAUGGAAAAGGCAAGGAUGUGGAGAUUCGUACUGACACUUUUAAAGCAGUUGAUGGUAAGAGUGGUGAUGUUGAUGAUGUGGAACCAUCAUUUUCUGUUGGGAAAUCUCCACCGGAAAAUGUAAAUGUCGGCUCAGAGAAGGUACCUGGUGCUGGGGGCCUAGGCGAGGGUACUCCAAAGAGUGAGAGGUCAGCUGACAAGUAUUGUGAUGAUAUAUUUGGUGAGACACCAACUGGAGUUCGGAAAUCGGGAAAAGGAGAUGGAUUAUUAAUUGAGAGGGUUGGCCUGCAUGACAACUGGGAUGAUGCAGAGGGCUAUUACAGUUAUCGGUUUGGUGAAAUACUUGAUGGCCGAUACGAAGUUACUGCUGCACACGGGAAGGGUGUCUUUUCAACAGUUGUACGAGCUAAGAAUCUGAAAACUGGUAAUGGUGAGCCAGAUGAAGUAGCAAUAAAAAUUAUUCGUAAUAAUGACACCAUGUACAAGGCUGGUUUGGAUGAGUUGGUCAUUUUAAAGAAAUUAGUAGGUGCAGAUCCGGAUGAUAAGCGUCACUGUGUUCGUUUCCUUUCAAGCUUUAAGCUAACUGCUGUGAGGGCAUAUGCAAAACAGCUUUUUAUUGCACUGAAGCAUCUCCGUAACUGUGGUGUUCUGCACUGUGAUAUAAAGCCUGACAAUAUGUUGGUGAAUGAAGCAAAAAAUGUAUUAAAGCUUUGUGACUUUGGGAAUGCCAUGUUUGCUGGUAAAAAUGAAGUAACACCAUAUCUCGUGAGCCGCUUUUAUCGUGCCCCUGAAAUAAUUCUUGGCUUGCAGUAUGAUCACCCAUUGGAUAUUUGGUCUGUAGGCUGUUGUUUGUAUGAAUUGUAUACAGGGAAGGUUCUUUUUCCGGGGCUCACAAACAACGACAUGCUACGGCUUCACAUGGAAUUGAAGGGCCCUUUUCCAAAAAAGAUGCUCCGUAAGGGAGCAUUUACCGAACAACAUUAUGACCAGGACCUGAGUUUUCAUGCCACAGAGGAGGAUCCUGUAACAAAAAAGACCAUAAAGCGGAUGAUUCUUAACAUAAAGGCGAAAGAUAUUGGAACGAUCAUCAAUGGCUCUCUUGGGGAAGAUCCAAAAAUGUUGGCCAAUUUUAAAGAUCUUCUAGAUAAAAUUUUUGUCUUGGAUCCGGACAAGAGGUUGACAGUCUCACAAGCAUUGAACCACCCAUUCAUCACUGGCAAGUGA